GCUGCGGCUCCGGUGGUAGUUGGCAGUCGGUCGCUGCCUGCAGUGAGACGCUGUGACGGUGCGCGCGCAACCCAUCGGGGCCAGGGCGAAACCACGGACAAGCGGUCAGAUUGGUUGGCGGAAAGCAAGCGAGAGCUGAGCUCGAUUCAUUGGCCAUGGCCGACAAGGUUUACCAGCCGAGCAGCGAGCUCUCAAGGCAGGCCCACUGCGCGGGCAUGGAGCAGUACAGGCACAUGCACGAGAGAUCGAUCAAGCAUCCGGCCCAGUUCUGGGGCGAGAUAGCCAAAGAGUUCUACUGGGAGACGCACACCACCGAGGACAAGUUCUUCUCCUACAAUUUCGACCUGAGCGAGGGCGACAUCUACAUCAAGUGGAUGGAGGGCGCAAGUACCAACCUCAGCUUCAAUCUGCUCGACAAGAAUGUUAAAAGCGGCAAGGCUGAUCAAAUUGCAUUCUUCUGGGAGGGAAACGAUCCCGACGAUUAUUCCCGCCUGACGUACCGCAAACUGCUCGAAGAGGUGUGUCGCUUCGCCAACGUGCUGAAAUCGAAAGGCGUGCAGAAAGGCGACCGCGUGGCGAUCUACAUGCCGAUGAUCCUGGAGCUGCCGAUAGCCAUGCUCGCGUGCACGAGGAUCGGCGCGGUGCACAGCGUGGUGUUCGCAGGCUACUCCGCGGACUCGCUGGCCGAGCGCAUGCACGACUCGAGGGCCAAGGUGCUGAUCACGGCCGACGGCGUGUGGCGCGGCAACAAGCUGCUGAUGCUGAAGAGCAUCUGCGACGAGGCCCUCGACAAAGUCAAGAGGCAGGGCCACACGGUCGACAGCUGCAUCGUGGUGUCGCACCUCAGGCGGCUCUCGGCGCCCCACGGCAAGAACGACGCCGGUCGCGCGAACGGCACGGCGAACGGCAACUCGAACGACCAAGUGCCGCAGGUACCGUGGGACGACGACAGGGACGCCUGGUGGCACGACGAGAUGGAGGACGCCGAGCCGAGCUGCUACCCCGUCUGGAUGAACGCCGAGGACCCGCUCUUCAUUCUUUACACGAGCGGCUCAACGGGCAAGCCGAAGGGCGUUCUGCACACAACGGCCGGCUACUUGAUUUAUGCGGCCACGACCUUCAAGUACGUCUUCGACUAUCAUCCCAACGACAUUUACUGGUGCACCGCCGAUAUUGGCUGGAUCACGGGACACACUUAUGUCGUUUACGGUCCACUUGCCAAUGGCGCUACUUCCGUAUUGUUCGAAGGCACUCCAUUCCAUCCAACUAACGACAGGUAUUGGUCGGUUAUCGACAAGUAUCAAGUCAGCCAGUUCUAUACUGCGCCCACCGCCAUACGCUCUCUCAUGAAGUUCGGUGACGAUCUCGUCAAAAAGCACGAUCUCAGCACUCUCAAGGUUUUAGGCUCGGUCGGCGAGCCGAUAAACGCGGAGGCCUGGCUCUGGUUUUACAAUCUUGUCGGUCAUGGUAAAUGCAGUAUUGCCGAUACGUUCUGGCAGACGGAGACUGGUGGCCAUGUGAUUACUCCUCUGCCUGGUGCCACCCCCAUGAAGCCAGGCUCAGCCACAUUCCCGUUCUUCGGAGUGCAGCCGGAGCUAUUGGACGAGGACGGCCACGUGAUCGAGGGCGAAGGCGAAGGGUACUUGGUGUUUCGCAGGCCGUGGCCCGGCAUGAUGCGCACUCUGUAUGGCAAUCACGAGCGCUUCCAGAGCACGUACUUCGACCGCUUCCACGGCUUCUACUGCACCGGCGACGGCGCACGACGAGACAAGGACGGCUACCUAUGGGUAACCGGGCGUAUCGACGACAUGCUCAACGUAUCCGGCCACUUGAUGUCGACCGCGGAAGUGGAAAGCUGCCUGGCCGAGCACACCUCCGUUGCCGAAGCUGCUGUCGUCAGCAAGCCGCAUCCGGUCAAAGGCCAGUGUCUCUACUGCUUCGUCACUCCCAACGAAGGCAAGAUCUUCGACAAGAAGCUGCAGGACGAGCUCAAGAAGAAAGUGCGCGAAAAGAUCGGACCGUUCGCCCAACCAGAUGUGAUUCAACAUGCGCCGGGACUGCCGAAAACACGAUCGGGCAAGAUUAUGCGCCGAGUCCUGCGAAAGAUUGCCAUCGGCGAUCGAAACGUCGGCGACGUGUCUACUUUGGCCGACGAAGGAGUCGUCGACUUGUUGUUCUCUCUAAGACCACAAACCGUUUAAGCGUACAUAUCUUUCGAAGAAAGAAAAACGACAAGCGAGUCUAACUAUUUGUUGAUUUUCUUUUCUUUUGCAACAGUGUCCUUUCAAAUUUUGUUGUAACAAAAACUCGUAACUGUUUUCUUUAUUUUUUAUCGCUUUUUAUCAGCGCGUCAUGUUCCUUGAUUUAUAUAGUAUAUGGGUCUUCCGAUGCGGUGCGCCACCCUCUCGAGAAAAGGCUUCGAGUGGCUUUUUUUGCACGUACCUCAGCGCACACGUACAUACACAAGAUAGAUUUAAAGUUAGCGAAUGAAGCAAAAAGAAAAAAAACGCAAAAAAAAAACUUGAGAAAGAUAUAUUUAGUUAUGAAGAACGUCGCUUGUUCGAUUUGCUGCACCCACGUACACUUGCCGAGCUUGAUGAAGUGUAGAUUACUAUAUUAUAUACUAAUAUAAUUGUGAGAAAAACGAAGUGUGAGCAUGAGAGGGGCAUAACGAUAUCUAACUGUACUUUCUUUUAUGUUUUUUUAGUCAAUUUUUUUUAAUGAUAGAAGUGAGCUUUUGUUUGUUACAUCGCUUAUCGUUAAGGCAAUUGUUGUUCAUUUCCAAACGAAAAAUGUUGUCUCGUACAAGAGUCUGAGUUCUUUUUAAGAAAAAACCUUGUAUAUUAAACUAUUACUUUGUACCAUCGUUUAUAUAUUGAGAAUUUUUAUAAGGAGAAAUUUCACGUAUAAAUUUCCGAUGGCUCACUUCUGCAGAGAAAAAGAAAAAAAAUCCCAAAAAACACAAGAGUCGAUCCUACUGGUUAGGCAUCAUUGUUGGUGCAUCUGGUAAUGCACAAUAUAGCCUGUACGUAACGCACCACUUUUUUUCGUCAGAGUUGGAACUUAUAUAUUUUUGUUGUCACACGUGGAAGCAGCCGACGAAAGCAAUCAUAUAUACAAAUAUACAUAUAUUUUUCAGAAAGCGAAAGUUUGCACGCCUGUAAUUUUUAGAAUGAAACUACUACAUUCGAGACUAUAUACACGAAAACAAAAAAAAACACGUAAUUCAUCGAACUGCUAUUUUGAAAGUAUAUUAUAAAGAAAGUGUAAUUUAUUGAUUUUAAGUUUAAUGGAACGUCGUUGACGAGUUUGGUUAAAUGCAUAUUCUAUUGAGCGAAAGUAAGUCUAGACUCGAAAUUCUUUUUUAGGGUGAAUUUUACUCGAGUCCAACCAGUAAACAAUUGUAUGCACUGGAUAUUUAUAUUCCGAGUAGAAAUUAAAAUACAUAUUAUAUAUUUUAAGAUAUAUUCGAGAAAUUAUGCUAUACCUUAUAAGUGUUAUACAACGUAAAAGAAAAAGGAUUUUUUUCGUUUCGGUGUGAUAAGCAGCCUCGACAACAAAAAAUAAACUUAUUUACUACCUGAUGAUUGGAGCACAAAAACACAAGAUUUUAAAAACACGAUGAAAGUUAUACGUACAUAAAGAGUGAAGUCUAUGGAUUAAGUGUAGAUGUGAAAUUGGAUGAAACGACAAUGUUUUAUUCCGAAUAAAGAAAAACCACGUAGCUUCUACAGCCUUGAAGCUAUGUUGCAUACAUAUCAUUCUGCGCGGAACAAACUAAUUCUAGGUGUGAUAUAAAUAUAUUAUAUUUAAUGAAAAAAGUAAAUAAAAAUGCAGAAAUUAUAUCUAUUAUAUGAAUGUAUAUAUACGUUGAGACAUACAUUUAUCGUUACAUUAAAAAAA